AGCUCAUAUGGUAGAGCGCUGGCUUCGCAUGCGAGAGGCACGGGGUUCGAUUCCCCUACCGUGGACUUGCAUCGGAACACAGUCAACACAGUCGAUUUUUACACUCUGCCUACUCGUUUCUGAGACCUUCUUCACAUCCGUCGUUGUGUUUUUAUUCCGCCGUUAACUAGUGUCAUUCAACCACAGCUCAGUCGUCGAACUCUCCGACACACUUUAAUCGAUCAGCCGUAUAUCUGGCAUGUCGAUCCUAAUACCAUCACGUCAGUUAUUCAUCGAUGGCGAGUGGAGAGAACCUGUUAGGAAGAACCGCAUCCCCGUCAUCAAUCCAGCCACCGAGCAGAUCAUUGGGGAUAUUCCAGCUGCUACAGAAGAAGAUGUUAGCGUUGCUGUGGAUGCUGCUCACAAAGCUCUUAAACGUAAUGGAGGGAAAGAGUGGGCAUCAGCAUCAGGAGCUCAUCGUGCCAAGUAUUUGCGUGCUAUUGCUUCAAAGAUAGUGGAGAAAAAAUCUGAAUUGGCAAAACUUGAAGCCAUCGAUUGUGGCAAACCACUUGAAGAAGCAGCUUGGGAUAUGGAUGAUGUUGCUGGAUGCUUUGAGUACAGGGAACCUAUUGGUGUUGUUGGAUUGAUUACUCCAUGGAAUUACCCUUUGCUGAUGGCCACCUGGAAAGUUGCUCCUGCCCUAGCAGCUGGAUGUGCUGCCAUACUCAAACCAUCAGAAUUAGCAUCUCUUACUUGUCUGGAAUUAGGUGAAAUAUGCAGAGAGGUGGGACUCCCUCCUGGUAUUCUCAAUAUUCUGACUGGAUUAGGUCAAGAAGCAGGUGCACCAUUAGCAGCUCACCCCAAUGUUGACAAGAUUGCAUUCACGGGAAGCAGUGCCACAGGAAGCAAGGUCAUGACUGCUGCUGCUCAAAAUGUUAAGCCUGUUACACUUGAACUAGGUGGGAAAAGUCCAAUAGUGGUGUUUGAUGAUGUGGACAUUGAUAAAGCUGUUGAGUGGACGCUGUUUGGUUGCUUCUGGACGAAUGGUCAAAUAUGCAGUGCAACAUCUCGGCUUAUAGUACAUGAAAGUAUUAGUGAGGAGUUUUUAGAGAAGCUUGUUAAGUGGGCUAAAAACAUAAAGAUUUGUGACCCUUUGGAGGAAGGUUGUAGGCUUGGGCCUAUAGUUAGUGCUGUGCUGGACAGUAUGAAAAAGGUAUUGAAGUUUUGUAUCAACAGCCAAAAGUGA